UGACGUUGAGUGGAUGCUUCAUCAUCGACCGAUGCCAUCGCCACCCCCAUAUAUUACAAAAUAUCACAACUUCUGAUAGUCUGAUGAGCUUGCUCAGUUUGCCAUAGGCUUGGAAUCGAUGCGGAAGUCUAUACAUUUGCCCCUAUCACGACGCUUUUCUCGCCACAGGUGUAUCUGCGGAGAAUAAUUGGAAGCGCGCCUAUCAGGCUCUCAAUGGAAUCUCCGAUCUGUGAUAGUAGGGAAUGAACAGCGGAACGCGUUGUGAACACCUGGCGCGUAUUAGAACAACAUAAACAUCGUCCGCGGAAACACCCCAUGCCUCGAACUGAGCUGAGGUUGACAGAACACGUGGCAACAGAGCGGUGGAGCUUCAAGUGCAAUGGAUAAACAAAAUGAGCCAUCCACGGUGGGAACGAAACGUGCCACUGCCAAGGACAAACCCGUGGCGACAGUGACCACCAAGUGCAAAGCGAAAGCUGGCGAUGAGUUUAUUCCGCCAGAUGGCGGCUGGGGAUGGGUAAUUGUGCUCGCCGCCGGAUGUUCAAAUUUGUGUACGUUUCCAGUCAUACAGCAAUUCGGUUUGCUAUUUCGCGAACGAAUGAACCAACUUGGAAUAAAUUCCUCGGAAAUAACAACACUCAUCAACACGAACUCGGCACUGUUGUCGAUUGUUGGCCUCGCGAAUGGUCCGAUGUUCCGACGAUUCACUUACCGUCAGAUUGCCUUCUUCGGGUCUUCCCUAGUAGCCCUCGCGCUAUGCCUAACUUCUAUGGCGAACUCUUUUACCAUGUACUUGAUCUUGUAUUCCAUAUUGUACGGGUCUGGGGUCGGCAUAACCGCAUCGGCGAACUCCCUCGCCCUCAACACAUACUUCCGGGAGAAGCGCCGACACGCGACUGGUUUCUCCUGGACUGUAACCGCCCUCGGACCCAUCAUUGCGCCGCAUAUCAUAACCUACCUUCUUCCGCGGUUCGACGUCAGUGGCACCGUACUCAUUUUCGCAGGCUUCGCAAUGAAUGCCGUUGCUUGCUCGUUACUAUUGCAGCCCGUUGAAUGGCAUGCGAAGUCCGCAAACCCAACGAUCACGAACGAGGCCGACGUGGAACCCACCUCCCUGUGUCAGUACUGCCAGUCGCAUCCCCUCCGAAAGGAUCACAGUGCACUGUCGAGUCAGUACCUGUACAAUGCGGACAACAAUUGCGCUACCGGGUACGAGAUUAUCGAUCCGGGAACUCCAAUGCUCUCGAGAGCCAACGAUGGCUGGUACUCGAGCAAUGCCGCUCGCUCCCACUACGGCUCCCGAAUGAACCUCACCAGUGCGAGUCGACUGACGUCAACGCGACCAUCGUACGCCAAUCUGGCGGAAUCCUCCAAACGGGCGCUGGAUGAGGAAGCUCCGACAACUCCAUUGGCUGAUCGUGGCGCCACCGGUGGCUUCUGCCGCCGGGGACGAUCGAAUACCUUCAAUCGUGAAAAGGAGCUCCUCAAGAUGGCCUCUUCCAAACUGGAACAAAUAGUGGACCCCGAGAUCACCUGUUGUCGAUGUACCUGUACUGAAACAGAACCCAAGAUUCCACCGGAUGAAGAAAUCCAGGAGAAUCCGACAGGAUUCAGCUUCCUCCAGAAGAUCGUAAUCUUUUUUGACUUGGAUCUGCUGAAGGACUACAUCUAUGUGAACAUAAUGGUCGGAAUAACUUUGGCGAACUUUGCGGAGCUGAAUUUCUCCAUCCUGACACCCUUCGUUCUGGGUGACUUCGGGCUGAGUAAGGAGCAAAUAGCGCUCGCCAUGUCGCUGCUCGGAGCGAUGGACAUCUUGAGCCGAUUCGCUAUUCCUUUCCUUGCCGGAAUGAUCGGGUGGGAAAAUAGGACGUUUUUCCUGUUUGGCGUGAUGAACAUGGCGCUGGGACGAGUUGUUCUCGCUCACUUCCAUUCGUACCCGGCGGUGCUAGCGACCGCGUGUUGGAUCGGGUUGAACAAGGGUCUCCGCACGGUGUUCAUGGCACUGGCGAUACCGUCACACGUUCCGCUCGAGCGGCUACCGGGAGCGACCGGCAUUCAGCUGUUGUUUUCGGGUGUUUUCUGCCUGGUUGUGGGACCAAUUGUCGGAUUAAUUCGGGAUCACACCAAUUACACCGUUACACUUCAUUGCCUGAACAUUGCGACCUAUCUAACGGCGUUAAGCUGGGGUCUGGAGAGAUUCUGCGCCGGUUCGAAGCGUACCCAAGAGGAAGAACGGAACAGUCAAGAGCAGAAGCAGUUACUAACCCAGAAGCCCCUCAUCAAAUAGUAUUUUACUUAGUAAAAGUAGUUAUAUCGUUGGCGUAAAAUAUGUUUAUUAGGUUCCCAAUAAAAUGUAUCACUCAAUAGCACACGUUUUAGUACCGGUAGUGAUCCGGUUUGUACGGUCCCUCGACUGGCAGAUUGAGGUAAUCCGACUGUUUCUGUGUCAGCUUGGUCAGCUUAACGCCAAGCUUGUCGAGAUGCAGCGCUGCCACCUCCUCAUCCAGCCUCUUCGGUAGCACGUGAACGCCAACCUUGUAGUCCUCCGGUUUGGUCCACAACUCGAUCUGAGCCAAAGUCUGGUUGGUGAAGGAGUUCGACAUCACGAAGCUAGAAUGACCGGUGGCACAGCCCAAAUUUACGAGGCGCCCCUCGGCCAGCAGAAUAACGUGAUUACCGCUCGGCAGCAGAUAGCGAUCCAC